AUGGGACGGAAUGAGGAUGAAUACGUCACUUACACCAUCGUGACGUGCCAAGAAAGUGCGACUUCACCAGCUGACGUCGCCACAAUGAAGAUAAAGCGCUUUCGCGGUGGUUCAUCGAAGGACUGGCUCACAUGGAGCAUGCAGUUUCGAAGCCUCGCGAAACGAAAAGGCUGGAGAGCUGACCAACUAUCCGUUCAACUUCUUACGCUGAUUGACGGUGAUCUGUUGCGCGAAGUAGAGCGCAUUGCCAGCGAUGCUUCCAGCAAAGGCCUGACAUUUGAAGACUUUUACCGGGAGGUUGGACUUCUUCUGGUCCCAGCGGAUUACUGUGAAGACCUGGAUGAAGAACUAUGGACACUCACCAAGCGCAGAGAAGAGACGGUACAACGCUGCGCGGCACGGCUAAGACAGCUUGCACAGAUGUACGCCGAGUUGCCCCAGGAUUCGCAAACCAUCUCAGAGCUUCAACAAUGUCGAUAUUUUCGCCGCGCCAUGCCGCCGCACUGGCAGGACAAGCUCGCGUGCUGCGGAAUUUCGUAUGAGACGGUGAACGAACUGGCGAUGUAUUUCGAGCGCCUCGAAAGGCGCGAGAGGCAGACUGGCCGGGAUCGCCUAAAUGGUCCAGCUACCCAGGGUGGUGAAAAGGGUCAAGGUCGACGCGACCAACAACGCCCUACCGCUGACCAGCGCAGAGAUCGGCGCAACCCUCGCGAGCAUCGCGACACGCGUCAAGAUCAUCGAGACCGACCUGGUGUACAAGGCGGCAAGAAGAAGCAUGACCGUCACCAAGAACACGGCAAGUGGUGUUCAUUCCACAAAUCAAGCUCGCACGAUUCCAGCGAAUGCUUUGCCCUCAAGAAGCAACGCGAAGAGCACAAGCCUGCCGAGACGAAACGAACUGCUCACAAAAAGAGUAAUUACCCAAGAUUCGAAGAGGAAGAGGCAAGCGACAGUGACAGCGACAGCGAGCUUAAGCUUGUCGGCCUUGUCAAGAAGAAGCAACCGAGCGCCAAGCUCGCCCCACUCCGGAUCCCGGUACAAUUCAAAGACGCGAGUGGCACCUUCAAUGCCCUGCUAGACAGUGGUGCUUCGCGGAGCAUAAUCAACCAAGAAACUAUGCGAGCCAAUGCUCAGCUUGGGCAUAGACAAGUCGAGUCGGCGACAAAGUUUCAGACGGUCAACGGAGAAGUCGCUAGUGCUGGUAGUACGAUUGUACAGUUCCGCUUUCCGUCUCUCCAGCCUUCGACCAUAAUCACGCACAAGUUCGAAAUUCUGGAUCAGAGCCAGGAUGCCAUGGUGAUCGGUCGUGAUAUCCUGAAUGAACUAGGAAUCGUGCUCAAUUUUAAAGACAAACUGGUUCAGUGGGAUGGUCACGAUACACAUUUAAACACCGGCGGGUCAUCGUCUCCCAACGCAAGUGAUUAUGAAUUCCCCGAAGAGAGCAAAGAAGUCGAUAACACUGCAGUGCGACCAGAAGACCUCAUGCCAGACAGGCUAUCCAAGCCACUCGUCGGCAAAUAUCUCCAGCUUCUUCGCGAUAACGAGCAUCUCUAUGACGGUCACUUGGGGAGGAUGAGAUUCGAAGACUACGCUCUACCAAUAGUGCCGGAGUACAAGCCUGUACACGCAAAACCUUAUCCAGUCCCAAGAAGCCUCGAAAACAAGGCUCGAGAGCUCAUCCAGCAUUUGGUCAGCAUCGACGUGCUGGAGCAGAUUUUUGAUUCAGAAAUGGCAUCGCCUGCUUUUUUUCUCAAGAAGCCCAACGGAUCACUUCGUCUACUGAUAGAUUUUCGCGGACUCAACCGAUAUCUGAAACGCAGCCCUUAUUACGUCCCACGUAUACGCGAGAUCCUGUUGCGUCUCGCAGGAGCCAAGUAUCUGUCAACAUUCGAUGCUAAUAUGGGGUAUUACGCGCGUCGCCUUGCUGUAUGA